CAUUUUCCAAGGAGGGCGUGCACAUAGUCAACGUGGGAUUCUUCUGCAUUGCCAUAGGGGGCGUCCUCGUGCUGCUGGGACUCCUGGGCUCCUGUGGGGCCCAAAAGGAGAGCAAGUGCCUGCUGCUGAUGUUCUUCGUGGUUGUUCUGGUCAUCUUCGUGUCCGAGGUGGCCGCUGGUGUCGUGGCUCUGGCCUACUCCUCGUUUGCUGAGGGAAUCCUUCAAGCGUGGGCAACACCAGCGUUACAGCAGCAGUACAGCUCUGAUCUGGCCGCCACACAGAUCUGGAAUGCCACCAUGACAGAGCUAAAAUGCUGCGGUUUCACCAACUACACAGACUUUGUGGGUUCACGUUUUGAAAAGAACAGAGGAACGCUACCCCCCAGCUGCUGCUGGAACAACACUGCCCCCUGCAGGACAGUGGAGGUACAGCGCAGCAAUAUCCAGGGCUGUUUUGAAGACAUCCUGGAGCUGGUCAAAGAGCAUGCCAACAUCGUGGGAGGAAUCACAGCAGGAGUUGGAAUCUUGGAGGUGGCUGCGAUGAUCGUUUCCAUGUACCUGUACUGCUGCCUGCACAGAACCACCAGCUGAGCCCGACCCAGACCCAAACCUCCCGCAGGCGACACCGAGGACUUAUCUUAUUUACAGCACGUUGUAGAUCUUUUUCUACGAUUAAAGAAUGAUUUAAUAUA